AAAGGUAAAGGUUUGAUCCUCUUUUAGGGUUUAGGCGGAGAUGAGAGUGCUCGUGGCGAUUGUGCUGCUGCUGUCCACUGCAUUUGCGGAUUUCGACGUGCGCGAGCACCUUUCCAGCUCCACCAGGUAUGAAGUUUCGCGAGAUCUUGGAAGCAAGCUCUUCACGGAGGAUCCAUCGCCGCCGGAAGGCUGUGUUCCUAUUCACUUGAAUCUUGUGGCAAGGCAUGGGACGCGAGCGCCUACAAAGAAGCGCUUGAAACAGCUUGAGGAGCUGGAAGUCAGGCUCAGUGAGCUUGCCAAGAGCAUGAAGUCUGGAGAGUUUUUUCUGCCUUCCGGAUGGGAGGCCGCAUGGAGAGGAAAGUUUGUCGGUGGCGAGCUGACAAUCCCCGGUGAGGAGGAGAUGUUCCGGCUUGGGCAGAGGAUCCGGGAGAGGUUCCCGGAGAUUUUUAGUGGUGACUAUCAUCCGAAAAUCAGCCCGAUCCUCACGACUCAGGUUCACAGGUCUGCGCAGAGUGCCGUUGCCUUCGGCAUGGGUUUGUUCUCGAACAAAGGAUCGCUUGGCGAUGGGAAGCACCGCGCAUUUUCGGUGAUCAGCGACAACAAAACCAAUGACAUACACUUAAGAUUUCAUGACUGUUGUCAAAACUACAAGGAAUCCAAAGCUGUUCGAAGACCGGCUGUGGCCAAACUCCAAAAAAAAGUAUAUGCACAGGUCUCCGCAGCCGCUACGAAGAGGUAUAAAUUACCGUUUACAAACGAUGAUAUUUCUUCUUUAUGGUUUUUAUGCAAGCAGGAAGCAUCUGUGUUAGAGAUCACUACGCAAGCUUGCAAGCUCUUUCUUCCAGAAGAGGUUCGUCUACUUGAAUGGGCGGACGACGUUGAGCUACAUCAUCUAAAAGGCUAUGGCGAUUCAAUCAAUUACAAAAUGGGCAUCUCUCUACUUUCCAACGUGAAAGAAGCUAUUGUUUCGGCUAUGGAGGAAAGCGCCAGAGAUUCUACAGACGCUAAGUUUCUGGAGAAAGCCAAGUUGCGAUUUGCACACGCGGAAACAGUAUUGCCGUUCGCGUGCCUCCUUGGCCUCUUUUUAGACGGAGCUGAUGUGAAAGUUGUACAGGAGGAGAAGUCCGUCGCGAUUCCUCCCAAACCUCCACUCCCUCGACUCUGGAGGGGAAGUCUAGUAGCACCUUUUGGAGGUAACACGAUGCUGGUACUUUACAAGUGCUCCAACCAAAGUCCAGCCUUCCGGGUGCAAGCCUUUCACAAUGAGCAUCCAAUGAUUAUGCCAGCAUGUAAUGGAUCGCAUUUUUGUCCCGUGGACCUUUUCCUGGACAAGAUUGUUUCCCCGCACUUGAAACACAGCUUCGAGGUGGUGUGUUUCCAGCCAAAGAAAGUCUCCUGGUUUUCCAGCCUGCUUCGGCUCUUUGGACUGCGGAGGAAGCCAUCGCCAGACGACGAUCAUGAGCUGUGAAAGGACACCGCGGCCAGGGCUUGAUAAACGAGGAGGAGAUUUUUGACAUGAAUCCAAACACGGGGAAGAAGCUGGGCGCUUUUCUACGAAACGAAAGCGGAAGGUACGCGAGGAAAACUUUCAUUCGACUCAAUAGGAGUGAGAGAUACGAAACCAAAACGGAUGAGAAGUCGCUGUCUAGGCUCUGCCACCUCGCUAUUCGAUCCGAUCACAUCUGGGUUUUUUUUCUAUUUUCUUGCUCUUCUUCGUUCCAGAAAAGUCGCGCUCGUAAGUUUGACAUAUAAGCUCCUCGCAAGUUUGAUCCA